UUUAUUUUUUCCGUCGGCGAACCACCCCAUCGCGAACACUGAAUAACUUGUCAAGUCGUAAGUCCCGAAGUCCGUAACAGUGCGUUCCACGAUUACGACGAUCUUGCACGACUGUUUAUUGAAUAUAUUUUGAAAUUUGAAUGCUAAUAUUAAUAAUAAUUUAUUACUAAUGAGUAAGAGUAAUAAUUACUUCCUUGUUGUUCACACUAAAUGAAAAAAUAACAUUAAAAAAACUAUCCCCCACGAUGGAGUUUCAUUAAUUUUCGACGACGAAUCGUGUACCACACUUGACAGUUCGUCUACAAGUCCGCUAGUCGGCAGUUGCUACAACUCGGCGCAGCUCUCAGCCCCACAGGCUACAGGACAUCGCCCGAGUGCGCUUCACUUCACUGUCAGUGUUCAGUGACCAGUGUGCGUCGCUCGCGGUUCGCACGUGAGCGAACGACGCCAACGUUUUUUUUUUAUCUUUUCCCGAGGCCGUGUAUAGGAGGGAGUUGCCGAAUACGUUUUGCGUGUAUUAUUUUAUUAUAUUGUUAAAGAUUUAUUAUUAUUUAUUACGAUUACCUAGAGAGAUUGCCAACUAAUCACUUACUACAGUGUAUUAUUACAUUCGAAAUUAUUCGCUGUUUCCUACCGCGUUCGAAUCGAUUGUCGACCGACGACCACCGUUCGCCGCCGUUUGAAAUGUCUCCUGUUUGGCGGGUAAUAGACUCGUCGUCGUGACCAUAAUAAUAAAAUAACUAUAGUUGACAAUAACUACUGCGUGCAGCUAAAACUCGUGUCCAUCGCCGAAGUCGUAGACGUCAACAACCGCACUCAUCGAAGUCGUCUUCAAUUCUUCAUUCAAAUAUAGUUAAUAUUAUUAAAUAUCAUUGUAAUCAUAUUCAUGACAAACCUUAAAGUAUUUUUGUAAUAAUAUACAAGUCAAUAGAAAAUGAACAAUAAAUCAUACUCAAUACUAACCAAAGACAUGAUCAAUACUUCUGAACAUGAUGAAUCUGUACCAGAAAAUUGUUUUUGUCCUGUAUGCAAUGUACAUAUGAAUAGAAUAAAGAGAUCUCGACCACUCGAUACUCACCAAGAACAUAAUGCAUUUUCACCAGAUGGAAUUAAAGAACGGUGGUGUCCUAUGGAUCGGUUACAAAAUCUUCGUACAAAUUUACAUCAAACAAUGGAUCAUGGUUCAGAAAGACUAUUAAAGUUAAAUCCCUAUCCAAUUUUGGAUACUGAUCCUAUAUUAGACAAUUUAAACUACUCUAAUGCGUUAUCUAAAUCUCCUCAUUUAUUAGGAAACAAAAAGAAAGAUUAUACAACACAAUCUAUGUAUGAAAUAGAACAAAAUGACAGACACAAUGAUGUUUUUCAAUAUAAUAAUUCAAGGCUUUGGGAAGAAAACGAGAAUUGUGUAGAUCAAGAGGAGUUCAAAAAUAUUGAUCAAUUUAAUUAUUCACCAAUUAAAAAGUAUGAUAUGCACAUGAGACAACCUCCUGUUCAUCGCCAACGCAAGAUAUUACCAACGGUUCCUCCUAAGCCUCUUAUUUCUACAAAUUGUACACAUAAGAUAGGAUGCUCAUCUUUAACUAUAAAUGGUCAUUUGAAUAAUACAAAUCCAAAGAAUAAAGAUCUCAUGGACAUUCCAAAUCAAAAAACGAUUGUCAAUCAUGUACGAUUAGCUACACUUAUGCCUGUAGUAUCUAAAGAAACAUAUAAAUCAAUGAAACAUACUAAAGAUACACCUAAGGUAAAAGAAUCAUUGACGAUAACUAAAGAAGACGAGCAAAUUCAUGAACAAUCGAGUUCAAAACCAGAAUUAAUACUUAAUAGUGAUAUCUAUGAAAAAUCAAAAUCAAAAUUAUCUGAUAAAAACUGUAAAAUAUCAAAUCCUAAAACUAGAUGGCAAACUGAUAAUAUAAAUAACACAUCUGUGUUUUCUGUCAAUUCUUUAAAAACACACGUGGACUUAACUUCUGAAAACACUCAAACAAGCUUAGAAUCUCCAAUAGUGCAACCCCUUAACAAAAAAAUAGAACAAGAUUGUAUGAUUGAUGAACCAAAUAAAUUAGCUUUUGACCAUUUGUUUUCAGGUACUCAAAAACAAAACGAUUAUUUUGAAUAUCAUUCAGCCUUAAGACCUAGUUUAUUUUCUAAUAUGCCGCCAUACAUACGAUUUUCUUCUCAUGAUAUGAAAGGUGAAUCAUUUCCAUUAUCUUUACAAAAGUUAUUAAAGUGGAAACUUAGUUCUAUAACUCCAAUUGUUGUACGUAGAACUAUUCAAAAUAGUGGUUUUAAACUCGUUAGAAAAUCUAAUGAUUGGGUUGGAACUUGGGGUAAACAUAUGAAAUCAUUAUGUUUCAAAACUCUCCGAGAACAACAAAAACUUAAUCAUUUUCCGGGUACUUUUCAAAUUGGUCGCAAAGAUAGACUAUGGAAAAACUUGCAUAGAUUAAUGUUAAAAUAUGGUAAAGAACAUUUUGGUUUUAUACCUACAUCAUAUAUAUUACCUCAAGAAGCUAGAAUUUUACGACAAGUUUGGGAGAAAAAUGAUGAAGAUAAAUGGAUUGUUAAACCGCCAGCAUCUGCUAGAGGAACUGGAAUUCGCGUUAUAUCAAAAUGGGGUCAAAUACCAAAGAAGGUACCUUUAGUUGUACAGAGAUAUAUAGAUAAUCCAUAUUUAAUCAAUGACACCAAAUUUGAUUUAAGACUCUAUAUACUUAUCACUUCAAUCAAUCCACUUCGUCUAUAUCUUUAUGAUAAUGGGCUUGUACGAUUUGCUUCAGUUAAGUAUUCAUCCGAUCUUACCACAUUAUGUGAUCGAUAUAUGCAUUUGACAAAUUAUAGUAUUAACAGACUUAGUAGUCAGUAUACUCAAAAUGAAGAUGCUGAUGCAUGUCAAGGUCAUAAAUGGACAUUACGAUCAUUGUGGACGUAUAUGGAGAAAGAACGCAAAAUUGAUGUUAAAAAAUUAUGGGAGAGCUUAGAAGAUUUAGUUGUCAAAACGGUUAUUAGUGGCGAAUCACCUAUGAGUCAAAUGUGUCGUUCUAAUCUGAGCAAUAGGUAUAAUGCAUACGAGUUAUUUGGAAUAGAUGUUUUGUUUGAUGAACACCUUAAACCUUGGAUACUAGAGGUCAAUAUAUCUCCUUCAUUGCAUUCAUCUUCUCCUCUUGAUUUGGCUGUCAAAGGACCAUUAGUCAAAGAUCUAAUGAAUAUGGUUGGUUAUCAUAUCCCAAACAAAAUGUCUUCUAGUACACAUAAUAAUUUACUCAAGAUGUUAGGAGUAAAAUCUCCACUAUGUUAUGAUAAGAGAUUAUAUACAUUCAAUUUAUCUGCUAAAGAAAAAGAAAAACAAGAAUAUUAUACAAAUGUUGAAUCCAGAGCAGAAUAUAUAGAUAGUAUAUUAGAUGAUUUAUUACCUGAUGAUGUACGACAUCUUAUCAUUUAUGAAGAUGAACUUACACAAAUUGGCUCAUUUCAAAAAGUAUUUCCAACCACUUCAUCUUUUAAAUAUCAUCAAUACUUUGAUGGUUCCAGAUAUUAUAAUAUGCUUUUUGAUGCAUGGGAAUGUAAAUAUAGUAAUAACAGAGGAGAAGGUAUUGCUGUGCUAGAAAAGUUAUGUCAGUUAAAAAUUCACUUGGAGGUACCAGAUAUUGAUGAAGAACAAUCAAAAACUUGCGACAUCCACCAAAAUACACAAAUGGAAGUUGAAAAAAUUGGCAGUGAUAAAUUAAUUGACCAUCAUCAAGCGGUCAUCAGUCAUUUUUCAAUGUCUGCUGCCGAACGUCGUCAUAUGGUGUAUACAUCUAUUACAAUGUCUGACGAAGGAGAUUGGAUUAGUGAUGAUUUUCCAUUUGAUGAUGAUUCUACAUCAGCAACCAGUCAUCCAAUGGUUUCCUGAUAUAUAACCAUGUUAAUGAACACAAAGCAUGCAAUAACAUCAAACCGAUUGCGUUUGUAUGGUUUUGUUCAUGGCGUUUGGACUUGGUUAAAAACACAUAUUAAUUAAUUUUUUAGUUUAAUUAAACUAAAAAUAAUAUAUUGUGAUAACUUAGAUGUAUUCCUAAGAAUAGGGAACAAAUUUGUAGUUACUUUUUAGAAUAUUGAAGUAAUGUAAAUAAUAUUUGUUACAUUCUCAGUAGUUGAGGGGUUGUUAAAAAUAAGUGUAUACAUUUUUAUUCUGUGAUCGGAUAAAGCUUAGCUAUUUUUUUUUGAGGAAUUCACUUGUUGUUAAAAACUGUUUUACGCGGAUAAGAACCAUCCUGACAAUAUUCCUUAUUAUACCAUAUUUUUACCAUUAUCUUUUUGUUGUGAAUAUUUGUUUUUUAUUUAUAAUUGUUUAAAUAUGGGUUCUUCCCCACGUGAAAUCGUUUUUCUAUAUAAUUUUGUAAUCAAGCAACAACCAACUAUAUACGUGGACACAUGGUACUGAUGUGAAACCACUUGAUUGUUACUUUGAAAUAGUUCUUAAAACUUUCUAUAUCACAUAAAAAGUGUAUGACGUAUUAUCUUAAAGAUACCUACUAUUUUGCUAUAUUUGUGGUAAAGAAAACAAAGUUAGAUUAUUGUUGAAGGUAGAUUUUUAAAAUUAUGUGCAAUUUUGGUUUUUCAAUACCAAUAAUUUUUUUGUGACCAUUCUCAAUUUUAAACAAACAAGAUAGUAUUAAAAUUAAUAAUAAUUUUACUAAGACAUUUUCAACUCAUUUUACAUAUAUUUUAUUAAUACCUACUUAAUUAAAUUUUUUAUUCAAAAUGAUUACAAUAAAAAUCAUAAUAUAUGCUUCUAUAGGAUUUGUUGUAAUGCUUAACUCACAUAAUAUGUCAUUACUAUUAUGUUUUAUGAAUAAAUCACUGCCACAUUUUUUUGGUUUAAAACAUGUUUCAAUUUAGUUUUUGUAUUAAAAAAUUGCAUUUUUACACAUUUUGACCAAAAAAUUGUAAUCUUAAAAUUAAAUAUUCUAUCAUAUAGUUUAUUACAGUGAUUGACAUAAAAUUUCAAAUUUUUAUGAUAACUAAAUACUAUUUAGAUUUUAUUAUAAAAAAUUGUUGUAAUAUUAAAUUUUCAUAUAAACGAAUGAGUAAGUUUAUCAUUUUUAAAUUAAAUUUUGCCAUACAGUUAGAGAUAUCAAAAUUUCCCAGAAACAAAUUUAUGUAAAGUAUUCAUUAAAUAUUUUAUUUUGAUAAUGCUCCAACUUUUUAAUUUGUAAAAUAAAUUAUUAUACCUAAGUAGAUAAUUAUUCUUUUUGUUAUACAUGAUUGAAUUUAAAUAUGUGUUCAUAUAUAUAUUUAUGAUAAUUUAUAAAAGCUCUAAGUACCUACUCGUAUUAAAGGUUAUACUAACUGUAACUAAAUUUGAAGACAAUAUUACAUUUAUUUAGUUUUAAUAAUAUUAGAUUCAACAACAUUUAUUUGUUUGUAGUUUUUGUGAAUUGUAACUAUUUUAUAUUGUACAAUUUUAUCUUUUUAAUAAACUAAUUAAUGAAAAAGUUAACAGAAGCAAAGAUUAUAAGAUUAAUUAAUAUCAAAUAGGAUUAUUAUUAAAAUUACUUAUUUACAUAAUAUUAUUUUAUGUACCUAUGGGCUAUAAGCAGUGUUCAAACAAUAAGCACAAAUAAUUUCAAUUUCAAAAAUUUAUUUUAUAUCUGGCAUAAUAUUACAAAACAUAAAAUUUUAAUAUGUCAUAAUACCUAUACAAUUCGUCUCAAUUAGUCAUCUAUACAGAAAAUGUGAGAUAGACAAUUAAUUUUGUAAAAACUUUUUAUUUAUAAACUUUUUUACUAUUUCCAAGUUGAAUGUGAGUGAUGAUUUCCCUUAGUGACUUAUUUUCAUCACAAAAUACACAGUAUUUAAUGCUAUUUAUUUCUAUAUUAAGUUUAACCUAAAAAGUAUAAAAGUUAAUUACUUUGGUUAAAUCAAUAAGUGAAUGAUAAAUGUGGAGCAAAAUUAUUUUAUGGUUUCCUGUUUGUUUUGUGUAAAAUGUUUAAUUAAUAUUUAUUUUAAUAGCUUUAUAGUUUAUAUAUUUUCACAAUCGCGCCUUUCUCAAAUUUUAGGUUACAUGAUAUUAUUCUACAAAAAGCAUACUUAAUAUAUUAUUUGUAUAACCUGUAGUCACCAUCUUAAAAUUAUGAAUGCUGUUGAUUCUACAUGCCACUUCAAGUAUAUUGACAAAAUAAGUACUAUAUCUGCUGAAAGUUGUAUACACAUUGUAUGCGUUUUUCUUUUUUUUAACAAAUGUACAUUUUUGGUAAAAAUGUAUUAUAACUGUUAUAAAGUUACUAUUUAAUAAAAAAAAAUAUUAAUUUGUAUAAUAAUAACACCUAAAAAGUCUAGAAAACCAGUGCAGGGAGUAAUAGUGUUGAGGACUUAAACCUUCCUUUAUCAACAGAAAAUCUGUAUUUUAUUAUUAAAAAAAUAAAAAUUAUAUUUUAAUUUUUU